GGGACGAGGGUCUUAUAGUCGUGCACCAGCUAAGUAAUUAACCCUAUCUUAUAUGUCCUCCUCUCCCUUCUUCUUCCACAUUGAGUAUAGCGACAGAAGCCAUGAAAGCUGUUGCUACUGUGAAGCUAACGGCUGGAGAAACCUUGGGCUGCAUUGACCUCUCGAGAGUGAUCGAUGGCUUCGUUGAUUUGUUUCGCGGAAAUCUGUAUAUGGAGUUCGUAGGAACCGAGCUCGAUCAUUCCUCAGGAUUAGAGAAAACGGUGGCAGUAAACGCUCACAAGAAGAGCAAAGAAGGAGAAGAUGUACAGUACGAGGCCUCUUUCACAGUCCCGAGCGAUUUCGGUGAAAUCGGUGGAGUUUUAGUCUUGAAUGAGAAUCACAAAGAAAUUUUUCUCAAGGAUAUUGUCAUCACCACAGACUACACGGUUGGCGAAAAUUUCUCAGUAAUUACCUGUAACUCAUGGGUGCAGGCCAAGUCAACAAGCUCAGAGAAGAGGAUCUUCUUCACAAACAAGUCUUACUUGCCAUCCAGUACCCCAAGUGGCCUACAGAGAUUAAGGAGGAAAGAUCUCGAGGCAAAGAGGGGAGACGGACACGGAGAACGAAAGGCCUACGAGAGGAUUUAUGACUAUGAUACUUAUAAUGAUCUUGGUGACCCUGACAGCAAUGAAGAUCUAGCCAGACCAAUCCUUGGAGGCAGCAGGCAGUACCCUUACCCUCGUCGUUGUAGAACUGGUCGUCCACCUUCACACAAUGAUCCUCUUUCAGAAUCAAAAGGCUCAUCCAUUUAUGUGCCAAGGGAUGAGGCCUUCUCAGAAGUAAAGACGUUGACCUUCAAUGGAAAGACGUUGACAUCAGUUCUGCAUGCGAUCAUUCCUGCAGUUAAUUCUGCAUUAAUCGAUAUAAAUGUAGGUUUUAAGAAUUUCAUAGACAUUGAUGAAUUAUACGAUCAGGGCUUCAAGGUUCCAGAUAACGUUCACGGGCCAAAAGCCCUGCUUCACAAGCUUUGCAAUUCAAUUAAAGACACCGCUGAUGAUGUCUUGCAGUUUGAGAUUCCUUCUCUAAUUAAGAAUGAUAAGUUCUCAUGGCUUAGAGAUGAAGAAUUUGCGAGGCAAACACUGGCAGGCGUCAAUCCUUAUGCCAUCGAACUUGUUAAGGAACUUCCUCUAAUUAGCAAGCUUGACCCCAUCAUUUAUGGUCCUCCUGAAUCAGCAAUCACAGAGGAAAUAAUCGAAAGAGAAAUCCAUGGGGAAAUGACUGCAAGCGAGGCAAUGCAGAGAAAGAGACUGUUCAUGUUAGACUACCAUGACCUUUUUCUCCCAUUUGUUCACAAAGUUAGAGAAUUACAAGGCACCACCUUGUAUGGCUCUCGAACCCUCUUCUUCCUCAAGAGCAAUAACACUCUAACGCCUAUCGCGAUAGAACUCACCCGCCCACAGUCCCCUCAGAAUCCCCAAUGGAAGCAAGUGUUCACUCCAAGCUCGGAUGCUACACUGAAUUGGCUUUGGAGAUUCGCCAAGGCUCAUGUUUGUGCUCAUGACUCUGGCUACCAUGAGCUCAUUUCACAUUGGUUGAGGACUCAUGGCUCUGUUGAGCCAUAUAUCAUUGCUGGCAAUAGACAACUCAGUGUGAUUCACCCAAUUUAUAGGCUUCUUCAUCCUCACUUUCGAUAUACGAUGAAGAUUAACGCUCUUGCGCGCAAAUAUCUAAUCUCUGGAGGUGGCAUUAUCGAAAUGUCGUUCUCGACGCUUAAGUACUCGAUGGAGCUCAGUUCUGCCGCCUAUGAUCAAAUAUGGCGGUUUGAUAGAGAGGGAUUACCUGCAGAUCUGAUCAAAAGAGGAAUGGCCGAGAAAGACUCCGAGGCAGAGCACGGGCUAAGGCUAGCCAUAUCAGACUACCCUUUUGCCGCCGACGGCCUCCUAAUCUGGUCGGCUAUCUCGGACUGGGUCUCGAGCUACGUCGCCCACUACUACCCGCAACCCUCCACCGUCUCCGAUGAUGUCGAGCUCCAAUCCUUCUGGACCGAGGUGCGCACCCGCGGUCACGCCGACAAGAAAGACGAGCCCUGGUGGCCCAAACUCACCGACUCCACCGUCCUCGCCGAUGUUCUCACCACGAUCAUCUGGGUCGCCUCUGCGCACCACGCUGCCGUCAAUUUCGGCCAGUAUGACUACGGCGGUUACUUCCCCAAUCGGCCCACCAUAGCCCGAACUCCAAUGCCAACUGAACAAGACAUCUCCGGCCACAGCGGAGGGUUCGAGAAGUUUGUGGAGAAGCCAGAGGAGACACUGAUGGAAUGUUUCCCGUCACAAAUUCAAGCGACGAUUGUGAUGGCGGUGCUUGACGUGUUGUCAAACCAUUCGCCGGACGAGGAGUAUCUUGGUGCGGCGGCCGAGGCGGCGUGGGAGGAAGAUUCCGUGCUAAGGGCGGCGUUCGAGAGGUUUAAUGGGAGGUUGAAGGAGAUUGAGGGGAUUAUCGAUGAGAGGAAUGGGGAUGUUGGGCUGAGAAAUCGGAAGGGUGCCGGCGUGUUAGCUUAUGAGCUCAUGAAGCCUUUCUCAGCGGCGGGGGUCACCGGUCGGGGGAUCCCUAAUAGCACUUCUAUCUGACAUUUGGAGAGGGGAAAUAAGUAUUUUUUGAUAUUCUGCUGAAUUUCAUUUAU